UAUUUUAAUUUUGUUUGUGAGCUAAGGACAAAACAUAACAGCCGAUAACACGUUGAAAAUUCUAUCGUUUCCUGCCGAAAGGAUCUCUUUGUGUUCAUUUUAAGUGACUUCAGCAUCGUUUGGAUAUUCAUAAGAAUUUAUUUGAAUUGUUUUCGCAAGCAUACAGGGGCACAAUGUAUGAUGUCGUCAAGCCAUUGUCAAAAUACUUGCAAUUCAAGUCGGUUCGCAUCUAUGAUGUGAUCUUUACUCUUCAUUCCAAGUGUACGGUGGUCAUACUCUUGACAUGUUCCUUCCUUCUGUCGGCCAAACAGUAUUUUGGCGAUCCUAUUAUGUGCAUAAGUGAUGCGAAAUAUAUGGACUAUGUGAAUUCCUAUUGCUGGACGAUGGGAACAUUUGUACUGGAGUACACGGAUUGGAAAUAUAAACAAUUGCAGUUGGCAUAUUAUUCGAAUAGUACAUACGAUGAGAAGCGAGAAAUUGCUGUCCGAAUUGCGGAAGGCGUUGGACCCGAGAAACCUGAUCAGACGGAACGUGUAUAUCUACGCUAUUAUCAAUGGGUUAUAAUGGUAUUGCUACUUCAAUCAUUGAUAUUUUAUUUUCCAUCAUUUUUAUGGAAAGUAUGGGAGGGACAGCGAUUAAAGGAACUAUGCUCGGAAAUCGGAAAUGCAAUACUACCCGACGAAGUCUAUAAUUUGAAGAAGAAAAUGUUGCUUAGAUACUUUACAGCAGACUAUAAGGACGUGCACUUUUGUUAUGUGGCUCGAUAUAUAUUUUGUGAAACAUUGAAUUUCACCAUCAGUGUUGUCAACAUGCUGGUGUUGGAUAUUUUCUUGAAUGGAUUCUGGGCAAAGUAUGUAAAAGCCCUGUCCGCAAUACCACACUACGAUUGGAAUAGAUGGAAUGUCAUGACUUCUCAAGUUUUCCCCAAAAUAGCCAAAUGUCAUUUGGGAACAUACGGCCCGUCUGGGUCAAUGAACACAUGGGACGUACUAUGUAUUUUACCCUUGAACAUACUGAAUGAGAAAAUAUUUGCAUUUUUAUGGUGUUGGUUCAUGAUAAUGUGUAUAAUGAGCGGCGUGAACUUGAUUUAUCGCUACGUAAUGAUAUACAACCCAGCCUUUCGUAUGCAGUUGAUAUAUUCUCGAACUCGAUCAAUGCCACGAGCGUGUAUAAGGAAUGCUCUAAGUGACUUUUCUUUUGGUGACUGGUUUGUUUUAUUCAAAGUUAGCCGAAACAUUAAUCCAGUUUUGUUUCGUGACCUAAUGCAGGAUAUUUAUGAGAAAUACAAUCCUAAAAAGUCAAUGGACUUGGCCAUUUAAUUUGGAAAUUUCAAUUGAAUAUAUUGCAUUUAUUUUUCAUUUAAACAAUUGAUGAAUUGAUCUAUUCAGAUAUUUGUAAAAACUUGUAAAAUACACUUAGUUUUGUUAAAUACUUUUUUUGUUGGAUUAAAGUAGACUUUAGAGAAUAGAUUUAUUGGACUCUAUUUAACAAUUACGCGUUCUGUGCGUAUUAAAAAAGACUUUUUACCAUUUAAGGUUACAUUAAAUGUGAAUGAAAUACCAUAAAAACUUUGCUUUGAAUUAAACACACAUAUUAUACUUGAUAAGAUAAUCUACAAUUGAAUUGAAUUACUGCCAUUUAAUUUUAAUAUAUUUGUUUUUGUUGAAUGAAUAAAAAGAAAAA